UUUUGAUCCUACCAACUGAUCUCAGAACUGAGUUGCACUCGAUUACUCCUCUUUUUCAAAAAGUUUUUAAUUUGUUUUUAAAUUUUUUUAACUAUAUAAGAGCAAAGGGGAGAGCUCCCGAAAAGCCGCUUGUAAUUUCAUUUUUGUCAGAAUUUUUUUUUCCGCUUUCUUUGGCCACCUUAUGAUCCUUUGAACAUUCUGCCAGUCAACGUUGAAUCAAACGGUCAAGGCACCUUUUGGUCACAUUCAGCAACAGGAGAAAGAAUUUUCCUUUUUGAGCUUUCUAUCUUCAUGUCAAGAUUCUUUGUGCCCUUACAGCUGAGGCUAUGGAACAUAGACAGUUAACAAGUGGAGUGCAAUUGUUCAAGAGAGACCAGAAUCAGAAUCAUAAUAGUAUAACAGUUGAGCGACCCUAUACGCAUAGAGGAAGGGCUAUUGCUCCUGAAAAUGGUUCAUUUGUUUAUCCCAUGGAAAAUGUUCCAAGAAGUACACCAUACUCUGCCAUUCCACAGUACAUAGCAAGUAGGCCACUUGAGCAUUAUUCAUCAAAUCUCCGACUGGGAGAUUCACAAGUUCAUGCUCCUCAUUCCUGCCCAUCUUAUGACUCCUUCCUGCACUGCCCUGGAGUUGGAAGCUUAUAUUCAACCCCAGUGAAUGAUACCAGCCAUAGCCAUUCAAUUCACCAUGACAGUUUUGCUGUUUGUGAAGUUGGGGAUGGUUUACUUGAUUGUGGAAUGAAUAUUGGAAGAGGACUAUUCAAAAGAAAAAGCCGAAUUUCUUUAAGCUGUGAGAGAGGUGGCACAAGCAGAUACUAUAGUGCAGGAAGUUCAUCUAACUCAUUUGAAUUUCAUCCAGAUAAACAGGCUACAGACUAUCCAAAUUACCCUUCUGGUACCAUUGGGUUAUCACAUUAUAGGGGAGGCAACCUCUCAAAUGGCAAUGAAAAUCCUCCCAGGAAUGUGAGAAGCCGACCUAGAAAUGAUUUGGAGCACAACCCACGACAAAUACAUCCAUCAAGCUAUUCUUCUCUCCAUUAUUCGCCAACCACUCAUCAGUCAAGUGAUUCUGGUAGAGUGAAUCUUACUUCCUUCUGUGCUGGUGCAACCAAUUACAAUCAAAAUAAUAUUGGCAUUUCUCAUCCAACACAGGGAGGGUUUGCAGUAUCAGGAAGUACUGGCUUAAGACACGAGACCAAUCAAAACUUUGUUGGAGAAAGUACUGCAGGAAUUGGUGGACACAGCCAUGACUCCGUUUCAGGCAGAGGUCCUGUUUUACCAGCCCAAUAUUUUCCUAGUCUGCAUGACCAGGCUGCUAUGGGGGUCCAUGGUAAUUAUUCGCACACUGCAGUUCCUUCAUAUGGUGUGGAUCUAAGGUCUUCUCAGCAGCCUCAAGGUGUGGGUCUAAGGUCUUCUCGGUGGCCUCAAGAAACAGCUUCCACAGAAAAUAGUCUUCUGUCUCUCUCCGAAACUUAUCCUUCCAGAUAUUCUAGGACAUUUUCUGCCAGAAGUUGGCGUAACCGUAGAGACACAAGGUCAAGGAUAGCAGCUGAGAGAUUCCAAUCUUUCCAAAAUGUGGAGAAUGCACGUGAUAGAAUGGGAUCUGAGGCUCUAGAGGAUCGCUCCUUUUUCUAUGGCUCCAGAAAUUCCUUUGAUCAAUACAGGGAUAUGAGACUAGAUGUUGACAACAUGAGUUAUGAGGAACUGCUUGCCCUGGGAGAAAGAAUAGGAAAUGUCAACACAGGAUUGUCUGAAGAUGUAAUGUCAAACUGCUUGAAAGAGACUAUAUACUCUUCAGAUAAGAACCAGCAGGAAGCAACCUGUGCCAUCUGCCUCGAGCAGUACAAGAACGAUGACGGAAUUGGGAUCAUGUGCUGCGGACAUGAUUACCACCUUCUUUGCAUCAAAAGAUGGUUGGCAGUGAAAAAUGCCUGCCCCAUUUGCAAAGCACCUGCUCUUGCUGAUGGUUCAAAGGAAGAAUGAUUCAAGUUUCAUUUGGUACAUUUAUGGUUUUUUUUUCCCUUUUAAGCCUUAUUUUUUGUACAUAUUCAUGGAGAUUUAUGACUUAUUUCUGAACAAACUUGGCUUCGAAUGCCAUUUCUUUUCAGUCUUUCCUCUUUUUCCUGUAAUAUAAUGUGCUCAUACAUGCACAGAAAAAGCCCCAUGUCUACAAACAAAAGUGAAAUAUUCAGUGAUUACCAGCCAAAUUUCUAUGUAUUUGGAAGAAGACUUUCAUACUCA